CAUUUCGUUCACUUUUAAUUUGGCUGGCACGGCGUGCAUUUGUAAAAAUAACUAAUCUCUGGUAAAAUUUAAAAUUACUGCGCGAUUUACUUAUUUUAUUAAUAAAAAAUGGGUACUUCAGAAGACGACGAGAAUUCCAAUGCAAGUGAUGAAGAGCAGGAAUUCGAUGAAGAAAAUUCCGGCGAUGCAGAAAAUUCGGGUGAUGAAGAAGUUGAGGAAAAUGAUGAAGAUGAGGAAGACGACACUGAAAGUGCAGAUAAUGAUAUAGCCGCAGGAGACGUCGAAACUACUGUCACAUGGAAGGAACUCGGCUUAACGGACGCGUUGUGUCAGGCAUGUGAAGAGUUGAAAUGGAAAGCGCCAUCAAAGAUACAAAAGGAAGCUAUACCUGUAGCAUUGCAAGGAAAAGAUAUAAUCGGUUUGGCUGAAACUGGUUCUGGCAAGACAGGUGCUUUUGCUUUACCAAUAUUGCAUGCGUUGCUGGAGAAUCCCCAGCGAUAUUUUGCGCUGAUUCUAACGCCCACACGAGAAUUGGCGUUUCAGAUAUCUGAACAGUUUGAAGCACUUGGGAGUUCGAUAGGCGUGAAAUGUUGCGUUGUUGUUGGUGGUAUGGAUAUGGUCUCCCAAGCGUUGCAGCUUGCCAAGAAACCGCAUAUAAUUAUAGCUACGCCUGGACGUUUAGUUGAUCACCUUGAAAACAUGAAAGGAUUCAAUUUGAAAGCUAUAAAGUACUUGGUAAUGGACGAAGCAGAUCGAAUUUUAAAUAUGGAUUUCGAGGUGGAACUGGAUAAAAUAUUGAAAGUAUUGCCACGUGAACGCCGAACAUUUUUGUUCAGUGCUACCAUGACAAAGAAAGUGAAGAAAUUGCAACGUGCUUCAUUGAAAGAUCCCGUUAAGGUGGAAGUCUCUAACAAGUAUCAAACAGUCGAGCAACUCCAACAAUACUAUGUCUUCAUACCGGUUAAAUACAAAGAUGUUUAUUUGGUACACAUAAUUAAUGAAUUGGCUGGCAACAGUUUUAUGAUAUUCUGCAGUACCUGUGCAAACACUGUCCGCACAGCACUGAUGCUACGUGCUUUGGGUCUCGCUGCCAUACCACUACACGGUCAAAUGUCGCAGAAUAAACGUUUAGCGGCAUUAAAUAAGUUUAAAGCGAAAAAUCGUUCAAUACUCAUUUCGACAGACGUGGCAUCGCGUGGUCUUGAUAUACCCCAUGUUGAUGUGGUCUUAAAUUUUGACAUACCAACUCAUAGUAAAGACUACAUUCAUCGUGUUGGUCGUACGGCGCGAGCGGGACGCUCUGGCAAAGCUGUUACUUUUGUUACACAAUAUGAUGUGGAAUUGUAUCAACGCAUUGAACAUUUACUUGGUAAACAGUUGCCAUUAUAUCCUUGUGAGGAAGACGAAGUUAUGGCGCUGCAAGAGCGUGUGGGCGAGGCACAGCGCACAGCGAAGUUGGAGCUCAAAGACUUGGAGGAUAGUAAGGGUAGUAAAAAGGGUAAAUUUAAGAAAGGGGGAGAUGAUUACGAUGAUUCUGAAAAUUUCUCUGGUGCUCGCAAGCGUAUGAAACCUCAGGGUGGCCCUGGGGGCAAGAAAAAUUGGAAGAAAGCGAAAAGGAAGUAAUCUCUGUAAGAUCAUUAGUAGUUAAUAUAAAGUCUUUGUAAGGCAGUAUUUGUUAAUAAUUUGAAAAUAAAUAAUCUAAGCAUGUAUU